AAGUACUUAGUGUAUAUAUACAAUGUUAAAAGCCACAAUCCGUGAAAGGAAAAUCGUAUAAAAGCCAGGAUUAGCCACAGGCUACGUUUAGUACAGUAACAUUGCAAGUAAUAAUGAGGUGCAGCACGGUUAUUAUUGCAAUUGUUGUCGCCAGUUUCUUAUCAGUGACCCAUUGUCAAUUUCAGUUAACAAAUUCUGAAUAUGUUGAGAAACAAUUGAUGUGCGCUCUGGACAGAGGACCCUGUGACUUUCUUGGGCAACAGAUUAAACAGGCCCUUCCAAAUGUUAUUGGAAAAAAUUGCGAGUCCUGUAACGCUCGAGAAUCCGCUUUUGCCGCAAGGAUAGCUACCUUUGUUCAGAGGAAUUAUCCGGCUAUUUGGGUUCAAUUAGUACAAAAAUAUGGGAAUUAUGGAAAAUAAACAAUUACCUUGUA